ACCAUCAUUCUUGAAAAUUCACAAAAAUAGUACCUAUUUGAAUGCCCUCAAUUUUAUUCUUUUUCUAGUCCUGUUUGAACCAUAUCUGAGUAAUUUUUGGUCACGCACUAAAUGCUUAUUUUGUUUGUUAAUACGUGUGUUUAGGUAUCUAUAAUUAUUAUCCCCUUGUUAUUUUUUCCAAGGAGAGAGGGUGGACGAGACAACAAAAUUCUAAUUUUAAAAAAACACCGAUUAUCUUGCUUCAGAAAGUUAUCUGAAGAAAUUUUCAUUUUUUCAAAUUAGGCGCAUUUUUUGUAAUGUCCGAUAUCUCCGAAAGAGAGCGCUGCGUGCAAGCUUAUGAUUUUGAGGUUAUGUUGUUGUUUUUGUCCUCGGUCCGAAUCCGAACGUGUCAGUGAAAAUUUCGCCAAUUUCAUUUCCCAUAUUAUCAGUACAUUAUUCGAGCCGUACUCUUGAGUGAAUAAAAUUAUCUCUUAUACUCUGGUGCUCAUAAAAACCACCAAUGGACUUCUUGUAAUGGACAUCUAUCUCUAAAUGUGGAGAUGUCUCCUAACCGAUCAGUUGAUUUGAAAGUGUAACAUUUUCUUCUCGUACUUUAUAUGUUGUAGUCUCUCCUUUGUGUGCAGUAAAAGUCUUGCCCUUGCAGUGUAAUUCCUAACAACAUUUCAACAUUGUGUACCAAAAAUGAAGUGCCACUAUGAAGUAUUGGGAAUAGCUCAGAAUGCCAAUGACGAAGAAAUUAAAAAAGCAUACAGGAAACUAGCUUUAAAGUGGCAUCCUGAUAAAAAUCUAGAAAAUCCUGAGGAAGCUAAAGAACAAUUUCUGCUGGUGCAACAAGCGUUUGAAUUGUUAAGUGACCCCCAUGAGAGAGCAUGGUAUGACAAAAGACGCGACGAAAUCUUGCGGGGACAUUCCAAAGAUGGCUAUGUUGAUAAUUCUCUGGAUCUGUUUCAGUUCUUCAAUCCCUGUGCAUUUAAAGGUUAUGGAGAUGAUGAGAAAGGAUUCUAUACAGUAUUCAGGAAUGUGUUCGCUACGAUUGCCAAGGAAGAAGUGGAAUUUAGUCGAGAUUUCAGAGCCCCUGACUUUGGUAAAUCGGACAGUUCAUAUGAUGAAGUUGUUCAUCCAUUCUAUUGUUUCUGGCAGAGUUUUGUAACCAAAAAAUCAUUCAGUUGGCUUGACCCUUACGAUUCCAAAGAUGCUCCAAACAGAGCUGUGUUGAGGAUGAUUGAUAAAGAAAACAAGAAAGUCAGAGAUAAAGCCCGCAAACAACGAACUGAAGAAGUGCGAGCUCUUGUAGCGUUUGUCAGGAAACGAGAUAAACGUGUCCAAGCGCAGUUAGAAAUUACGAAGAUGAAAGCUGAAGAAAACAAGAAAAAAAUGGAAGAGCACCGUCUGAAAAAAAUCAAAGAGCAAAACAAAGCUUUGUUGAAUUAUAAAGAAUCUGAAUGGAGCAAACUCUCUGAGCAUGAACUUAAAAAUAUUGAAGCCACGGUGAAUUCAGAAUUCGGUGCUGAUAGUGCUACCUGUUCUUCGGAUAGUGAAGACGAAACAAAUAUCCGGAACCUCUACUGUUCAGCAUGCAAUAAGUAUUUCAAGUCAAUAAAGCAAUUUAUGAACCAUGAGCAGUCUAAGAAGCACAAAGAGAAAGUAGACAGGUACAAAAUUUGUAUUAAAACUACACCGGUUGAAGAUGAUCAUGACUCUGACAUUAAUGAAAGGAAGAAAGUGACAAAGAAGAGUAAACUUAAGCUUGUAGACGGAAUUUCGUCAGAGUCUGAUUCAGACCAUGACCAAUUUGAAAAAAGAAAAAAAGCGACAAGAAGGAGCAAACGCGAGCAUUUGGACAGUGCAUCUGACUCGGAAUCUCUGAGUGAAGCAACUGAUGAGGAUGGGGAUCCAAUUGGAAUGCCCCCGGUGAUAAAAAGUAGCCGUUCAACAAUAGAAAUGAAAUCUGCAGGAACCAUGACUGAGAAACUUCUCAAAAGUUCCUCUGCCCAAACAGAAAAGAAAUCGCAGCACUCUCAAAAAACAAUUAGUCCCAGAAAGAAGCAAGCACCGAUUUCUCCUCACAACCACAGUUAUGAAGAAAUUCAGCCUCAAAGUAGUUUUCAGUCAGAAGAUCCACCUUCCUCGUAUGCAAGUGCUAUUACAGAUUCCUUCACCAGCAACGCUUUCAUAAGUUCUGGUACCUCAGAAAGUAUAGAAAUUUCAUCUAUUGAAUUGGAUGGAUCAAAAUCUGCCCCUUUGAAUGGUUGCAGUAUCAACAAAUCCACAUGUGAUGACCACUGCGAGUCAAAACCCAAUAGCCAUAGCACUGAUGAAUAUUCCCUCAUAACAGAAACUAGUCUCUCUGCCUCAACCAUCAAUGGAACUGUUCGUGAACAAGAGUCGCACGACAGACACCGUGAAGAAUUCGCCUGCAAGGUCUCUGAUGAUGCUGGGGCAGAAACAAAAUCUCAUGGAGAAAAAAUUUCUUCGAUGACAAAGAAAAAGCAGAAGAAAUCUAAAACAAUGGACUCCGAAACUGAAAAAAUAGAUAAGCCUCUAAGUGAGCUAUUAGCAGAAUUAAACAUGUCUGGUUUGAGUAAGAAACAGCGCAGAAAGUUGGAGCAACAAGAUUGUUUAUUGGAACUUUUGGAUGAUAGUGACGAUGCUGUUUGUCCACUCGUUAAAAAGAAUUCCAAAAAGAAAAGUGCGUCGAAGAAGAAUAGAAAAUUUGCCUGUGAUGAUGAUGAAAAUGAAAAGACGAUGUCUGAAAAUACCUCUAGCAAAAGUUUUAAAACGGCCUCUUCUGGACCUGAUACAUUAACCCACACUGACACUGCCGUACCCGAUGAUCUUUCAACAAAAAUUACUCCAGGGAGUGACAGUAGCCUCCACCAAUGUCUAGGAUGCAAUACGAGCUUCAAAUCUAAGAAUAAACUUUUUGACCAUUUGCGGCAAACCAAACAUGCUCAGCCCCUUUCGCAAGAAAUUAGAAAUGUUGGUAAAGCUAGUAAAGCUAAAUCUAAGAAACAGCGGUGAAUUGACUUAAACUCUUUUAUGAUUAAAACUCUUCUCAGCUCUCAAUGUCUUUCCUUAGAAGUUGUAUGUUUGCCCAGUGAGUACUUAUUUUGUUUUGUGAUAAGCAGGAAGGCUAAGCUGAUAAAUGAAAUCUUCCAAACUAAUCAUUAGCCAAUCUGAACACAGAAGCUACAAAAGCAAUAUUCAAUGGGCUGAUCCCUAUGUAGCACAAAUCAAAACCUUCAAAAGGUUGCCUCAGUAAGAUUUACUGCAUUAGCGAGAUGAGAGGUCGUUGAUAGUGAUUAUUUUCUCUCCCUCUCUCUCUCCCCUUUUUACAUCAAUUAAAAUGGUUCUCCUAAGUUUUAAUUAUCAUCCUUCAAAAGAUACAAAACAGUAUCACCUCUUUGUUAACAGCAAUAUCGAUGGCCAAAGUGCAAAA